AUGGCGCCUGGUGGUUCUCUCGAGGAUAUUAAGAACGAGAAUGUUGAUUUGGAGAAAAUCCCAAUUGAAGAAGUGUUCCAGCAGUUGAAAUGUGACAGAGAAGGAUUAUCUGGAGCAGAAGGAGAAGCCAGACUCCAAAUCUUUGGCCUCAACAAACUGGAGGAGAAGAAGGAAAGCAAGAUACUCAAGUUCUUGGGCUUUAUGUGGAACCCUCUCUCAUGGGUCAUGGAAGCAGCUGCGAUCAUGGCCAUUGCGCUGGCUAACGGCGACGGAAGGCCACCGGACUGGCAAGAUUUCGUCGGUGUUGUUUGUCUUCUGGUCAUCAACUCAACCAUCAGUUUCAUCGAAGAAAACAACGCCGGGAACGCCGCCGCUGCUCUCAUGGCCGGUCUUGCUCCCAAAACAAAGGUCCUCAGAGACGGCAAAUGGAGUGAGCAAGAAGCUUCGAUUCUCGUCCCUGGAGACAUCGUCAGCAUCAAGCUCGGUGACAUCAUCCCCGCCGACGCACGUCUUCUCGAAGGAGACGCUCUCAAAGUCGACCAAUCCGCUCUAACCGGAGAAUCCCUCCCGGCGACGAAAGGUCCAGGAGAAGAAGUCUACUCCGGCUCCACUUGCAAGCAAGGUGAGAUCGAAGCGGUUGUGAUCGCCACCGGAGUCCACACGUUCUUCGGCAAAGCGGCUCAUCUUGUGGACAACACGAACAACGUCGGACAUUUCCAGAAAGUCCUGACCGCCAUCGGAAACUUCUGCAUCAUCUCCAUCGCCGUCGGUAUCUUGAUAGAGCUCGUGGUCAUGUACCCGAUCCAGAGGAGGAGAUACAGAGACGGAAUCGACAACCUUUUAGUGCUUUUGAUCGGUGGGAUCCCCAUUGCCAUGCCUACUGUUCUGUCCGUGACGAUGGCUAUAGGCUCGCACAAGCUGUCUCAACAAGGAGCUAUCACGAAACGUAUGACCGCCAUUGAAGAGAUGGCUGGUAUGGAUGUUCUGUGCAGCGACAAAACCGGGACGUUGACGUUGAACAAGCUUAGCGUUGACAGGAACCUCAUUGAGGUUUGUUGUAGAGGCGUUGAGAAAGACGAGGUCUUGCUUUUAGCUGCUAGGGCUUCAAGAGUUGAGAAUCAAGAUGCUAUUGAUGCUGCUAUGGUUGGAAUGCUUGCUGAUCCUAAAGAGGCAAGAGCUGGUAUUAGAGAGAUUCACUUCUUACCAUUCAAUCCAGUUGAUAAGAGAACAGCACUAACUUACAUCGAUAGUGAUGGAACAUGGCACAGAGUAAGCAAAGGAGCUCCUGAGCAGAUUCUUGAUCUCUGCAACGCAAGAGCUGAUCUGAGGAAGAGAGUCCACUCUGCAAUCGAUAAGUACGCUGAGCGUGGACUCAGGUCAUUGGCUGUUGCAAGACAGAUUGUACCUGAGAAAGCAAAAGAAAGCUCUGGUGGUCCAUGGGAAUUCGUCGGUGUGUUGCCAUUGUUUGAUCCUCCAAGACAUGAUAGUGCAGAAACCAUUAGAAGAGCAUUAGACCUCGGUGUCAACGUCAAGAUGAUCACCGGUGACCAACUUGCUAUAGCGAAAGAAACUGGACGUAGGCUUGGGAUGGGAGCAAACAUGUAUCCAUCAGCUUCACUACUUGGUAACCACAAAGACGAAAGCCUCGCUGCGAUUCCUGUUGAAGAGUUGAUUGAGAAAGCUGAUGGUUUUGCUGGAGUCUUCCCAGAGCACAAGUACGAGAUUGUGAAGAAGCUGCAAGAGUUGAAGCAUAUAUGUGGAAUGACUGGUGAUGGAGUGAACGAUGCUCCUGCUUUGAAGAAGGCAGAUAUUGGUAUCGCUGUUGCUGAUGCUACAGACGCUGCAAGAGGAGCCUCUGAUAUUGUUCUCACCGAGCCUGGUCUUAGUGUUAUCAUCAGCGCCGUUUUGACCAGUCGUGCUAUUUUCCAAAGAAUGAAGAACUACACUAUUUAUGCAGUCUCAAUCACCAUUCGUAUUGUGUUUGGGUUCAUGUUGAUUGCUCUAAUAUGGAAGUUCGACUUUUCGCCGUUCAUGGUUUUGAUCAUUGCAAUCUUAAACGAUGGAACAAUCAUGACUAUCUCAAAGGACAAGGUCAAGCCAUCUCCUACACCAGACAGCUGGAAACUCAACGAGAUCUUCGCAACCGGGAUUGUCCUCGGAGGCUACAUGGCUUUAAUGACCGUCGUUUUCUUCUGGGCUGCAUACGGAACUGAUUUCUUCCCGAGAACUUUCCACGUGAAAGACUUGAGAGGAAACGAGCAUGAGAUGAUGUCUGCUUUGUACUUGCAAGUCAGUAUUGUGAGCCAAGCUCUUAUCUUCGUCACACGAUCUAGAAGCUGGUCUUUCACAGAACGACCUGGAUGGUGGUUGCUCAUCGCUUUCUGGAUAGCACAACUCAUUGCGACGUUGAUUGCGGUUUAUGCAAAUUGGGAAUUUGCGAGAGUGAAAGGAAUAGGAUGGGGAUGGGCUGCAGUUAUCUGGCUUUACAGUUUUGUCUUUUACAUCCCACUAGAUGUGCUCAAAUUCACAAUCCGUUACGCUCUAUCCGGAAACGCAUGGAACAAUCUCAUUGACAACAAGACUGCGUUUACGACUAAGCCGAACUAUGGAAUAGAGGAGAGAGAGGCACAAUGGGCUCACGCACAGAGGACUUUACACGGUCUUCACAACAACGAGACGGGUAAUAAUGCUUUCCCGGAGAAAGGUGGUUACAGAGAACUGUCUGAGAUCGCUGAGCAAGCCAAGAGAAGAGCAGAGAUGGCCAGGCUAAGGGAACUUCAUACGCUUAAAGGACAUGUAGAGUCAGUGGUGAAGCUCAAGGGACUAGACAUUGAGACACCUGGUCACUACACCGUUUGA